UGUUGGGCGACAGCUGAUAGUUAUGUGGGUGUGCUUUGUCAGUUCCUCACACACACACACACAAAAACAAACACAUACACGCGCGCGCGCGCAGUCUGUAGUUUAGAUUUCCGCAAGACAUCAUGGAGUUUAAUGUGAAGAGACUGGCAGCGGAUGCGGGGACGUUCCUGAGCCGGGCGGUGCAGUUUACAGAGGAAAAGCUGGGCCAAGCUGAGAAAACUGAGUUGGAUGCACAUUUGGAAAACCUUCUCACCAGAGCUGAAUGCACCAAACACUGGACAGAGAAGAUACUAAAGCAAACAGAAGUGCUACUGCAGCCAAAUCCAAAUGUGCGGAUAGAAGAUUUUUUUUACGAGAAAUUGGACAAAAAAGCACCCACACGGUUGAAUAACCAUGAGAUGUUGGGGCAAUCCAUGAUCGAUUCUGGGAAUGAGUUUGGACCUGGCACAGCCUACGGAAAUGCUCUGAUGAAGAGUGGAGAGACGGAGAAUCAGAUCGGAGCCGCCGAAAGAGAGUUCAUCCAAAGCUCAGCUAUUAAUUUCCUCACCCCUUUCAGGAACUUUCUGGAGGGUGAUUUCAAAACUAUACUGAAAGAACGCAAGUUGCUGCAAAUCAAGCGGCUGGAUCUCGAUGCGGCCAAAACGAAGUUAAAGAAAGCCAAAAUGGCUGAGGCAAGAGCUGCUGCUGAGCAGGAGCUGAAGGUGACCCAGAGUGAGUUUGACAGGCAAGCUGAGAUAACCAGAUUGCUCCUGGAGGGAAUCAGCAGUACACACGCUCACCACCUUCGCUGUCUGAACGACUUUGUUGAGGCUCAGGCCACGUAUUACGCUCAGUGUUAUCAAUACAUGGUGGAUCUGCAAAAACAGCUGGGAAGCUUUCCUUCCUCAUUCUGUUCCAACAAUAACCAGUGUUCAUCAGGGGCAGCAGCAACCAUCUCUGUACCCACUCUGCCUGUUUCCACUGAUCCCACUGCCAGUGCCAGACAGAGUCACUCAGGCUUCAGUGAGCUGUUGAGCUCGGGCGCGAGCCGCAAGGCACGGGUACUAUAUGAUUACGAUGCUGCGGGCAGCAACGAGCUCUCCUUAUUGGCCGAUGAAGUGAUUACUGUGAGCAGCAUCCCAGGCAUGGAUUCGGAUUGGCUGAUGGGAGAGCGUGGGAACCAGCGGGGCAAAGUGCCAAUUACAUACCUAGAGCUCCUAAACUGAGUGCCAACAAAGAAAAACAAACUACACAUACACUUCAGAUUGGAUUACAACAUAUCCCUUGUGUAUAUUCGACUGUGCUGCAUCUGUGAGCUGCUUUCUGGAUAUUUAGCUUCAGCAGGGAAGGAGAGUCUCGCCCAAGUCAUUUCUGUUUACAAGCUGAUUUAACACAUAAGUGCUUCUGGUGGAAAUUCCGUCUUUACUGCAUUGUAACUUAUAACUGGAAGUCUUUUAUCAUACUAAAGUAAAACUAAUACAGAAUUUCACAAUUCACUUCAGAUAGCCAUUUCUUCUCUCUUUUCUUUUUUCAAGAAUUCCUGUAACUCAUUGGCAGGGAUAGAAAUUAAAAUGGUUUAUUUUAUUGUGAGUGAUUUAGUUUAUAACCUCCAUAGUAGCCAUGUACCUCAGAUUUAAUUUAUCAUUUUAUUUGUGUAUUUGCAUAAAAAAAUGCCAUCGAUUUGAGAACAGAUUGUAAACCAGUGUAUUUCAAAGACUUUUUUCAAACACUCAAUAUUGUUUUUAUUUGUGAAAUAAUUAGAAGAGUUGUUCAGGCAUUUGAUAAAGACAGUAUUGUGUACAUGAGCGUGUUCAGAGAAAGCACAUCGUGAGGUUCUGUAGAGUUGAGCGCUUGACGUAAGGUGCAUCUCGUUCACUUGAUUUUAUACUCUUGCUUCCAGUGUCAUGUGCCUUAAAUACCGCUGUGCCUUUUUAUUAAGCUUUUUUUUUUUGUACGACUGUACAGUGUACAAUACUGCAAACGUUUAAAUUUGUGCAAGUCUUAAUAUGAUGCUUUGUGUGAAAUUGUUCAUUUUAAGUUAUGAGUUAAAAAUGAUAGCCAAGUAAGUGUUCAAAAUCAAACACAUCUUUUAUUAAUAUACUCAGCUUUAUGGCCCUCA